AUGUCGCAACAAGAGACACACCGGCCUGGUAUGGGCGAGCAGGAGCCUCUGCUUGGAGGACCUGGUGAUGCGUCGCAGCAGGACGGACUGCCGCUAUACCACAACCUUGUCAUCGGGACUGGAGCCAUCGCACAGGUUGGAUCCUGGAUUCUUGUAGCCAUCGUCUGGGGCGCAGUAUUCUCCAACCCCGUCAUUCUGUUCUCGGCGCAUCCUUUGCUCAACUCGGCCGCGAUCCUGUUGUUCACCCAGGGUGUCCUUAUUCUCCAACCCACGCACACACAAAAGCAAAAGAAGCACGGCACUUGGGCUCACGCAGGACUCAAUGACCUCGCCCUUGCCUGCGGUAUUGCCGGACUCGUCGUGAUCGAGUACAACAAGAUUUCCCACAAUGGCACCCACUUCGUGUCACCUCACGCAAUUAUGGGUCUGAUUACAUAUAUCCUCAUUCUCAUUCAGGCCCUUGUUGGCUUCACGCAGUACUUUGUGCCGCAGAUCUAUGGCGGCGAGGAGAACGCAAAGAAGCUGUACAAGUACCACCGUGUGAGCGGCUAUAUCAUCUUCUUGAUGCUGCUUGCGACUGUGGCAGCUGCGACGCAGACAGACUACAACAAGAAUGUUCUUGGAAUCAAGCUGUGGGCUGUGCUUGUCGCUGCUGCCAUUACCUUGAUUGGAGUCUUGCCCAGAGUCAAGAUGCAAAAGUUUGGCUGGUUGGCCGGACAGUAA